AUGCCUCCUAGAAAAUCUGAUCGAGUCCGAGCUAUCAAAGAGAAACUCGGACAACCCUCAUACUCAGAAACCUCCAGGAGAUGUAGCUCAGUCGGUCCCACCUCAGCACGACCUAAUGCAAGAAGAUCAAGCAUUAGAUCAGCUACCACCGACCAUAACGUCGGAGGAAGAGAGACUCCUAAUGUCCCUACACGAGAAAAACUUCAUCAACUGGAGAAAAGCUCAAGAAACGAACCCGAACAAUACCCGGGCAAUCACGAUCUAUCUCAGCUUGUGGAAGAACAGUCACGACAGCUUGACGAUGCUCCUGGACGAGGAGGAAGUCCUGAAGAGGUCCCUGGGAUGGAAUCCGUACUCCGAAGAACUCAAGUUCAAAGCGAGAACCAACCAUGGCUUCAUAGGCAAGAAUCCGAGCCCUCAACCAGCAUCGCAGCACGUGCCGGAACCAGCGCAGUCCAACUCGUCAGCAGGACCAAUCCGCAAGAACCAUCAAAAAGCUCAGAAAGAGCCCUAUCAGAAACCAGCUCACGUAGAGGAGGAAUCGGCCAACAUGCAGUCGAUGCUGUCCUUCAGCCGAGCCUACUACCGGGCGAUCAAAGGGAUCAACAAAUCCCAGAAGAGCAAAGGAAAGUCUCCCUUAGUUACAACCCAAAACCAACCGGGACCGUCCAACCAGUAGAAAAAACCUUCAUCUCUACUCCCAGUCCGUUUCUCUUUUCCCAACGCGUGGCUUAUGAAAAUAAUAAUGAUGUUUUUUGUUCUGCUGUCAUGAUGCCUACGCCUGUGAGCAAAACGAGUGUCCUAGUUCAAAAAGUUGCCCACCCCACUACCUCACCUUUAGUACAAAAUGAUGUUACUCCCAUUCCUUUUAGACAAGUUGUGUCUCCUAAAGUUCAUGCCCUCAAGACAAUUUCUACUCCUAUGACAGAGAAUGACAAAAUUGAGAGAGCGCUCGAAAACAAAAACUUGGAGAGUAUCUCUCAAGAAAAUUGA